AUGGCCACCAACGAGGCAGACAAGCUCAUUACCUCGGAGGACCAUGACCACCUCGCCAACCUCAUCCCCUCACUCUGCGCCAGAUUUUGGGGCACGGGCGGCGGCUACUCUAUCCGCGAUGAAAUUAGCCAUCCAGGCUCUUGCACUGUUGCCCCUCAUCCCCCCCACCACUUCUUCUUCUUCUUCUUUCUUCAUAGACUGUCCCAGCCGCCGUUCGUGGCAGCUAUGCAGCGUUCUAUCUAUCUGCAGAUUUGGGUUGUACUCUAA